CUCGCACUGUGAUGCUGCUGAGCCGCCGCCGCCGCUGAUGCCUCGUCCAGCCAGCCAGGCAGCCGGAGCUCUCCGCCUUGUGUGAGUGUAAAGCCGGUGCGGGGCGGACACUGUGCCAUCCCUGCACACUCCGCUCUGCCCUCACCCUGGCUGUGCCCUCACCCUUCACCGAUAUGGAUCUAUUCGACUUUUUCCGGGACUGGGACCUGGAUCAGCCAUGCCAUUAUGAACAAGAGCGGAAUGCACUGAAAAGGAAAGAAUGGGAGAGAAGAACCCAAGAAGUCCAACAGGAUGAAGAUCUCUUUGCCUCUGGGUUUAAUCUUUUUGGUGAGCCUUACAAGACAAAUAAAGGAGACGCUCUUGCAAACCGUGUCCAGAAUACCCUGGGAAAUUAUGAUGAGAUGAAAGACCUGUUGACCAAUCAUUCCAACCAGAGUCAUCUUGUAGGAAUCCCGAAGACUUCUGUCCCUCAAACACCAGUUGAAAAAAAUGAGCAAAGCUUCUUUCCAGAUCAGAGAAAUAGAGUGACACAAUGCCAUCAGAGUAAUAACCACUCAACGACAUCAAUGCCACCACCCUCAGGCUUGGCUCCAAUGUCCACAUUGGUACAUGACGGAACAAGAAAGGCAAGAAUGGAUUGGCCACAUGGUGGACAUAACUCUUCUUGUACACAAUCGAGCCAACCAAGUCGAUCAAAACACAGUUCAUCCCAUGAUUUAUCACAAAUUAGAUAUGAAGACCUUUAUAACUGCCAAAAUGAACAGCAUAAAAGUGUAAAUAUGGAGGAACCAGUGCCCGCAACUUCAUCAUCUCACUCAAGAAGACAUAACCACUCAAAAACAUUGAGUGGGGAACACACUUACAAAGAAACCACUCAUUCAAAGUCUCCAAUUGAUUUAGAACUUUUGGGACAUGGCUCUGUGUCUCCACUUCCUUCUACAUCCCUUCUUCUGGCAGGCAACAGUCUGUCUUCUCAAAACUUUCCCCCAGGACUUCACAGUAAAAGUAGCAUUAUGCAACAGAAGCCAACAGCCUAUGUCAGGCCAAUGGAUGGUCAGGACCAAGUACCUAAUGACUCGCCUGAAUUAAAACCACCAACAGAGACUGAAGAUGGAUUUAUCAACCAGUCUUUUGGAGCAAUACUGGAUGGAAAAAUCAGUGCACCGGUCAGCAAGAACAAACUGCCAAAGCUUAGCAUUCCCCAAACUGGUGAAGUCAGUCUUCCAAAUGAUCCAAGCUGUGUUGAAGAAAUCUUACGGGAAAUGACACAUUCAUGGCCUCCACCUCUGACAGCAAUCCACACCCCCUGUAAAACUGAGCAGUCAAAGUUUCCCAUUCCCAGCAAAGACUCUCAACAUCUGACCUCAGGAUACAGCAUUCAAAAACAUUGUGAUGUUACAAACAAACCUCCAGUGAAAUCCAUUCCACAGAAAUCCAUGCUUGAAGAUGACUUAAAGCUGAGCAGUGAUGAAGAAGACAGUGAACAGGCCAGCGAAAAGACAAAACAGCAGAGAAGCGUUCCAGUAAACGGCCUUCCCCUGCCAGUAGUUCAUAAUUCAAACUUGGUGAACUCCAGUGGAGUCUCUGGAAGUUCCAGUGAGUCCGAGACAAGCUCUGAAUCAGAUUCUGACAGCGAGAGCAGUUCUAGUGACAGUGAAUGUAAUGAAGAAAAUCGUAAUGUAACCCCAGAGCCCGAACCACCUUCCACAAACAAAUGGCAGCUGGAUAAGUGGUUAAAUAAAGUAAAUCCACACAAUAAAACAAUAAUUAACAACCACAAUGAUGUGCAUUCAGAAAACAACUCUGAGGCUCAAAACAACCAACAGAUUGAGGGAGACAAUAAGCGAGAACUUAACAAUAUUAUCCCUCAGCCUGAAUCUUUACCCAAAGAGAGGGAGUUGUUGAGUCCUGUAAGAGAAAAAAGCAAAACUAGAGUAACCCAAAAACCACAGGAGGCAAAAAGCUUAAAGCAGAAAUCACCAGCCCACAAUGAACCUACUACACAAAGGGCUGUUGCCAAGAAGCAACCAAAAAGGGUUGAAAGAACUUCCAGCGGUGAAGACUACACAUGGAACAAACCAAACCCCACCAGCAGCACUCCCAAAGAGAAGGACCUACGAGAAAACCAAGAGCCACCAAAAGCAAGGACAAAAACCACUGUUGCUAAAACAGCCCCACGAAAGGAACAAAGGACUAGUACUGGAAGUACAUCAGAAAAAAAGAAAGCUAGAGGGGCAAAUAAAAUUGUUCCUAAAUCAAGGGAAUUUAUUGAAACAGAUUCUGCAUCUGAUUCCAACACUGACCAUGAUGAAGUUAUGCAAGUCAAGGUAUCAACGACUGGGCCCAUUAAUCCAGUCAAGCCAAAGGACUGCAGCAGCAACAUCCUAAGUGUGAGCAGCUUAACAAGCAAUAGCAGCAGCAUAUCACUAGACCAAACACAUAAUGAUCUGGAGGAACCUUUUACACCACUGCCUAUUGUUCAGAGUGAACUGCUUUCACCUUUAAGAGAGAUUGAAGUGCUUAAGUCAUUAUGGGUAAAAAUAGAUCUCAGUCUUUUAUCCAGAAUACCAGGCCAUGAGACAUUUGAGAGUGAAGCUUUAAAGAAUGAAGUAAGAGACACAGGUUUUAAACAUAAGCCUCAAACACCAGCUUCAGCACCUGAGAAAAAUGCUACAAAAUCAAGAAGGAAGCACAAGCAAUCUGAAAGCAGUGACAUACAGAGUGACAGCAAGAAACAGCGUUUGGAUGACUCUAUCAUCCCCUGUCUGCUCCCUCCAUGCAUCUCUCCAAUUCCUAAUAGGACAACUGGCACUAAAGAAACGAAGAAAUCUGCCAAAAAAAGAGAAGAAAAAAUUGUCCCUCCUUUGUUGUCACCUUUGGGAGAUGAGCAAGUUCGCAGAUUACAUUCCAAUGACAACAGUUCUUUUAGUCAGGAGAGCAGUAUUGCAACUGAGCAGGUUCCUAUCACUUCCUCAAGACACAAAAAGAAUGGGAGCACAACAAACACUAAGGAAGAUGAGCACAGGAGACCACAAAGCAGUGGCAAUGAAACUAUCCCACAUCAUAUAGAGCCUGAUGUAUGGUCAUCAAUACCUGCAAUAAACAAUGGCAAUACUGAUUCUCAAAGAACGAAGAUAAUGUUUGAUGAAGCAUUACACAAUGCUGAUUAUUACAUGCAGGAAGCAAAAAGGCUGAAGCACAAAGCAGAUGCUUUGAUAGAAAAGUUUGGCAAAGCUGUGAAUUAUGCUGACGCUGCUCUCUCUUUCAUCGAGUGUGGCAAUGCUAUGGAGCGGGAUCCAUUAGAAGCAAAAUCUCCAUACACCAUGUACUCAGAGACUGUGGAACUCAUCAGGUAUGCAAUGAGAUUGAAGAAUUUCACAGGCUCAGCUGCCAAUGAAGGGGAGAAAAAGCUAGCUGUAUUAUGUUACCGAUGCCUAUCACUGCUCUACUUGAGAAUGUUUAAAUUAAAGAAGGACCAUGCUAUGAAAUAUUCCAGAUCGCUCAUGGAGUAUUUUAAGAACUCAUCCAAAUCUUCACAAGCGCCAUCUCCAUGGGGAGGCAAUGGGAAGAAUACAGAGACCCCUUCUCCAAUGUGUCCAUCUCCAGUAGGAUCGGCUGGGAACAGCAUAGUAGCCCCAGGCUCCUCUUCUACAGGCACAGUGUCUAUUCCACAGCGUAUUCACCACAUGGCUGCUAGUCAUGUAAAUAUCACCAACAAUGUAUUGCGUAGUUAUGAACACUGGGACAUGGCCGACAAGCUUGCAAGAGAAAAUAAAGAAUUCUUUCUUGAACUAGAUACGGUAAUGGAGCCCUUAACACAACACAGUACCAUGACCGACUUGGUGCGCUUUGUUCGACAAGGACUUCACUGGCUACGCAUUGAAGCGCAGUUAUUGUAGUGUCUACUCUUUUCAUCAUACAUUUCCUGGAUUCUACCUCUACCGGCAAAAAGACAGUCGCUGGUGGAAAUACACUCAUGUACCGUAAUUUCAGCUUUUUAUAUUAUGUCUCUUGGAAGUGGAUUUUAACAUCAUUGGGAAUUCAUAUCACACCGUAGCAUUAAUUGAUUUAACCAUUAAUUUUCAAAUCUUAUGCCUUUCCACCUAUUGGAUCUCCGUACCUAUGUGCUUUAUAAAGCAGUAUAUGUUUAAAAAAUAUUGUUUUAGUCUUCACUGCCUUUACUUUAGAAUGUGAUGCACUUUGUGAAGAUUUGGAACAAAACCUUUUAGGUACAUAAGUGUUUUGUGAAAUCACUUUAAUUCAGAAAAUUGGAUCUUGAGUAUUACAUUUGCAGAAAAGUUAUUUGCCAUAAAAAAAUAAUUUAAACAAGUACCAAUUAAGCCCCAUAAUAUAAAAUCUACACUAUAUAUUUAAUACCGCUGAAAGACAAGAGAUCAGUCAGUAUUACAAUAAAGCCAUUUGGCCAGAAUAACCAUGUUUACUAUGGUAGAACUCACUGAACCAAAACCAACUGGAACAGUUUGCUGUUUAAAUGAUUUCAAAUGUGUUGUUUUUGUAUUCAUUUAAUUCAUAUUCAUUUUGUUGUACUGCCCAUUUCUUCAUCUAUUUGAAAACUUGCUUUGGAAAUAAUAAAUAAUAUUUUAUAUUAUAAAACCAACAAAACAGAAAUUAUAGGUGUAAACUGGAUUUUCACAUCAUUUUAACAGUUUCCAUCAAUAAGGUACAGCGAUGUGCAAAUUUAGUAGCCUGCAGCAACCGGUUUGUCUGCAUAAAGUUGCAGUCAUUCAAACUUUGUUGUAAUCCAUAAUCACUAAUCAUAAAUAAUGUACAAUAUCACUGCCUACAACAAAGUGCUGAAAAAUCAAACCCUAAUGGCUGCUGUGGGUUACUGAGCAUCAUUGUUCUUUCCACAAUGCAACAAAUUAAAGGCCAUAGUAUUAACCAUUGUAUUAAAUAAGUGUGAUGCUCUUGGAAUGGAUUAUAUUGGUAACUCAAAUGGUAUAAUGAAAAGGAUACCUCUAAGGGACAAUGUACUAUUACUUUUCAAGAAUCAUUCUUUGCAUUGUAA